AUGAGUGGCCUCGCAACCAAGCAGCAGUCACUCAAGAUAUUUGAGAAGCUCAAGUCGAAGCCUGCGAAUAAGAUAUGCUUUGACUGCGGUCAGAAGAACCCUACGUGGACUUCAGUACCGUUUGGCAUCUACCUCUGUCUGGACUGCUCUUCCAACCACCGAAAUCUAGGUGUCCACAUCUCCUUUGUACGAUCGACAAACUUGGACCAAUGGCAGUGGGAUCAGUUGCGUCUGAUGAAGGUGGGUGGCAACGAGUCUGCCACCAAGUUUUUCCAGCAAAAUGGAGGAACAGCGGCAUUGAACAGCAAAGACCCCAAGACAAAAUAUCAGUCCAAUGCGGCCACCAAAUAUAAGGAUGAACUGAAGCGACGAGCUGCCCGCGACGCUAAAGAGCACCCCAAUGAAGUCGUCAUUACAGAUAACGCCGAUGAUGGCUCGUCGACUCCUGCAGGAGAGCCUGAUGAUGAUUUCUUCUCAUCAUGGGAUAAGCCAGCCAUCAAGCGACCUACACCUCCGACUUCCCGAACCGCCACACCUCCCGUCGUUGGCCGUACCCCAUCGCCUUUCCUGAACGCUGGCAAUGGCAAGGAAACAUCUCGAUCAACAUCACCCCUCGCCAAGCCUGACUCUACCAGUGAUUCUAAACCUGCUGCUAGCCGGAUUACUACGUCAGCUGCUCUUCGCAAGACCACCGCAACCGGUGGACCCAAGAAGGUCAAUGUUCUCGGCGCUAAAAGAACCCAGAAACUUGGUGCUAAGAAGGUGACUGGCGAUGUGAUCGACUUUGAUGAAGCCGAGAAGAAAGCGAAGGAGGAGGCUGAGAGAAUCGCUAAGCUGGGAUACGACCCAGAGGCUGAAGACGAACCCGCCAAGGACGCUCCCGGUGCUGCUACUAUUAUGUCACCCACGCCUGUGAGCCCUCCUAGAACCAGCAGCAGCUCUCACACCCGACAGAAGUCGAAUGCAGAAGUUGAAAGAUUGGGUAUGGGCGUUGCACGUCUUGGAUUCGGCCAGGUCGGAGGAGCCAAGGCUGCCAGCCAGGCACCCAAGAAGAAUGCAGGCGGCUUUGGGUCGGUCGGACCCGUCAAGGCAUCCGAAGGCAACAAGUUCGGUGCCCAGAAGGGAAUUUCAUCCGAUGAAUACUUUGGCAAGGGCUCGUUCGAUCCCAAUGCCCAGGCCGAAGCCAAGACUCGACUACAAGGUUUCGAAGGCGCGUCGGCUAUCUCGUCGAACGCCUACUUCGGACGACCAGAGGAGGAUAUCGAGGAAGAUUAUGGCGAUCUGGAAUCUGCUGCCAAGGACUUUGUCCGAAAGUUUGGCAUCACUGCUAGUGACGACUUGGAAAACUUGACAAAUGUUCUUGGUGAAGGAGCUACUCGCUUACAGGGUGCGAUCCGCAACUACCUCGGUAGCUGA